GAGGUUAAAACAUCUGGCACGGGAUUCAGUCAGAACGGAAGGGAAAGUUCUCAAAACAGCAGCUCAGGGGAAAGGAGCAACUCAGUCAUAGUACGUCCUUCAGUUUCAAGAUGACUCGUCUGCUUUUUCUCGUUGCGCUCCUUCCUCAGCUUCCAGGUGUCCGGUGCUUUGUGAACACAGAUAAAGAAUGGACAGCAUUCGAGGGUAAAUCAAUCACUGUCCCCUGCUACUACACGCCUGAGUACACUAUGAAUGUGAAGUACUGGUGCCAUGGCUCUGUAUAUGACUUCUGCUCCAGUCUAGCCCGGACAGACAAGCAGGACAAUGCUCCAUCCUCAAAUGAAAGAAUAACAAUCGCUGAUGAUCCCACGCAGCUCAUGUUCACAGUCACCAUGCGUGAGCUGAAGGAGACGGACUCAGGCUGGUAUUGGUGCGGGGUGGAAAGAGGAGGGAUAUGGAGCACAGACAGCGCCACAUCAGUUUAUAUCAGUGUCAUACAGGGUGUUUCAGUAGUCAACAGUGAAGUAAGUGCUGAGGAGGGUGACAGUGUCACUGUGGAGUGCCACUACAGUAAGAAACACAGACAGAAUGAUAAGAAGUGGUGCAGGAGCGGCCACUUAAGAUCUUGCUCAGUUACAAACAACGGGACGUUCAUCAGUGAAUCUUUGCUUAUCAAUGAUGACCAAAAGGACACAGUUACCGUGACGAUGAAGGACCUGGAAAUGCGAGAUGCAGGAUGGUACUUGUGUGGAGCCGGCGAGCACCAAGUGUCUGUUCAUGUGUUAGUCACUCCAAGAUCAAGCACAAGUAUGCAACAGGCUUACACGCACGCACACGUGUGUAUGCUGCGGAGUGCCCCAAGCUGACUGAGGCUUCUGUUAAAGCUCAAAACUCCAACAGUUACAUGGUUCAGUGUCUUCUGAUUGUGUGUGGAUCUCUGAUCUUAUUGCUGACUGCAGUCUUGGGAACAAGGAGGAUUAUGAGAGGAUACAGAUUGCUAAAUUUUAAAUUUUAAAUUUUAAACUUUCUUUUUGUUGAGAUUUUUGGAGUUUAAGUAUCACACAUAAGGUGUGAUACAUUGUUGUAUAACAGGAAAUAUACCAUAAAGCCAUCUAUCCUAAAGUCUUUGUCACAUUAAAACAGACCUCAUAAAUAUUUCUGAACCUCCAAUGAAAUGUGUGUCUAUAAUUCAUGUAAUAAAUAAAUGAUCAUUAAAAAGC